GUCCAACACUUUGACCAGUCUCCCUUUUCAAAGCUUCCUUCCCCUCCCCAUAUGUCUGAAAUGGAUGCGACCCCAGUCCCCGGUGCACUCCUCUCCAUGAGUUUGUCCGGGACAAAAAGGUAAAAUCCCCCUCAGCCACCCAUCUCUCCGAGGGUGACCGGGAUGACUCCCCUAAAGUCCAGGCCAAAGUUUCUGCAAAAGAGACCAGUCCUUCCUCCUCCCGCGCCAAAUCUCAAAAAAGGAAGGGCUCCAAUAAGAGUUUUAGGGGGUUCCAAGAAGAAAAAGACUGGUUCACUAAAUCUGGAAGGGGAAUCUAUUGAAGAAGCCUUCCUAGCUUUGGCCAGAAGACUUCACAAGGCCGGGGCUAUAUUAGAAGAUGUUGGUCGGUCACUCUUGGAGUCGAGGGACCAGAUCUCCCAACUGAACCUCCUGCUCAAUUCUGCCAAGUUGGAGAUCAAUGACUGGGCUGAAAGGGAGAAAAGGCUUGAGGAAGAGCUGAGGGCCGAGAAGGCCAAACUAGAGGAGAAGAGGGCCAGGUCUGCCCAAUUGGAAGAGGAUGGGAGGAGAAAAGUUGCCAAAAUAGUUGAGCUCGAGGAUGGGUUGACCCAAGUCAAAGAAUCUGCCCGAGCAAAAGAGGAAACCUUCCUUGUUGAUGCUGCCAACUGGGCCGCCUGCCAACUGAGAGAUCUCUCCUCUACGCAAAGCUCAAGAGGAGGGAUGCUACUUUCGAUCCGGAUGCCAUGAAGCUCCCAGCCCUUUAUCAAGAAGAUCCAUCUCCCCCUUUCCCCUUAGAAUAAGCUAGGGAUUAACUU